AUGAGGCUUGCGAGGGACCCUGGAGGUCGUCCAGUCCCACCACCGGUCCAGGGCCGGUGGGUCUUUCUGGUCAAGAAGGGGUACCAGGAAGUGGAUCCCUCGAUCCAGAGUUCGGUGAUCACCAAGGUGAAGGGGGUCGCCUUCACCAACACCUCGGAGAUGGGCAAGAGGAUCUGGGACGUGGUGGACUACGUCAUGCCCCCGCAGGGCGAAAGUGUUUUUUUUAUCAUGACCAAUUUGAUCAUCACCCCCAACCAGCGGCAAGAUACCUGCGCUGAGAACCCAGGCAUUCCAGAUGCUUUGUGUUACCGUGACCAAGACUGCACUCCAGGAGAAUCAGUGAUAUCCGGCAAUGGGAUCAAGACCGGGCUGUGUAUAAAAAUCGGGAACAACAUCAGCGGGACGUGUGAAAUACUAGCUUGGUGUCCGGUGGAGAAGAAAGACAGACCAGAAUCAGCUCUUCUGGCCAAUGCUGAGAAUUUCACGGUUUACAUCAAGAACACCAUUCGCUUCCCCAGGUUUAAUUUUUCCAAAACCAACGUUCUUGACACCAAAGACGAUGCCUAUCUGAAAACAUGUCGCUAUGGAGCAGAGCAACCUUACUGCCCCAUCUUCUCGCUGGGGAAGCUGGUCAGCUGGGCCGGGAGCAGCUUUCAGGAGAUGGCAUCAGAGGGUGGCGUGAUCGGAAUUCAGAUCGAAUGGGACUGCAAUUUAGAUCAAGCACCGUCGGAAUGCAACCCUCACUAUUCUUUCAGUCGGCUAGAUAACAAGUUUGCGGAGAAGUCCAUCUCCUCUGGAUACAAUUUCAGAUUUGCCAAGUAUUACCGAAGCGCAACAGAUGUCGAUUUCCGAACGUUGAUCAAGGCCUACGGGAUCCGCUUUGAUAUUAUGGUGAAUGGCAAGGCGGGGAAAUUUAACAUCAUUCCAACGGUAAUCAACGUGGGAUCCAGUCUUGCUCUGAUGGGAGUGGGUGCAUUUCUCUGCGACUUGGUGCUGCUGUACCUUCUCCAAAAGAGCAAUUUUUACAGAGGGAAAAAAUAUGAGGAAGUGAGGUCAAACACCAGGAAAUCUUUACCAGAAAGUACUAUCAAUGGGAACCAGAGCGGGAACCAAAGUGUAGACUCUUUGUCACAGUUGAACCAGCUUGGACAGCUACAGACGGUUGAGACCUAA